AUGCAUUUACUGACUUUUGUUAAUUUUAUAGGCUUGGGGCUCAUCUCCACUGUAUGUGGGAGUCCUAUUGCUACAGAAUCUAACCUGAAUAAGGCUUCGUCAACUUUUGAUGAAUCCUCUAGAGCUACUAUUCUGGAUGAAAUGACUUGGGGUGUUGCACAGACACCAAAUAUUUUAAAUGACACUGCAGUGGAUGCUAAUGCAGUUGCAAAGGGUUAUGAUUUGGUCAAUGUUUCCCAAACUGCUCAUGGUCUCGCGGGUAUUCUAAAGUUGAAUGAAGCUACUAAUAUAUACGGGUACGACUUUGAUUGCUUGAACUUGUUGGUUGAAUAUCAAGCAGAUUCUCGUUUACAUGUUCAUAUUGAGCCGGCCAAUUUGACAGAUGUUUUUGUUUUGCCAGAGGAUCUUAUUGCAAAACCUCGCAUUGAAUCUAACAAUGUCACUUUUGAUACAUCUGAUUUGGUAUUUAAAUACCAAGAGAAGAACUUUGGUUUCUCAGUGAUCAGGUCUUCCACCGGUGAGGUUUUAUUCUCUACAAUUGGUAAUCCAUUAGUGUACUCUAAUCAAUUUAUUCAAUUCAACACAACGUUACCUAAGGACCAUGUCGUUACUGGCCUUGGUGAGUCGAUUCAUGGAUCAAUAAAUGAGCCAGGUGUUGUUAAGACCUUGUUCGCCAAUGAUGUUGGAGACCCAAUUGACGGUAAUAUAUAUGGUGUUCAUCCAGUGUAUAUGGAUCAUAGAUAUGAUUCAAAUACGGCACAUAGUGUAUAUUGGAGAACUUCAGCAAUUCAGGAAGUCGUUGUUGAAGAGGAGGCAUUAACAUGGAGAGCCUUGAGUGGAGUUGUUGAUUUAUAUUUCUUUAGCGGUCCAGAACCGAAAGACGUUAUAAAGCAAUAUGUUCACGAAAUCGGUUUGCCAGCACUUCAACCAUACUGGGCACUUGGGUACCAUCAGUGUAGGUGGGGCUAUGAUACUAUUGAAGAAUUAGAAGAGGUUGUUUCAAACUUCAAAAAAUUUGAUAUUCCGUUAGAAACAAUCUGGUCCGAUAUUGAUUAUAUGGAUGGAUAUAAAGAUUUUACCACUGAUCCUCAUAGAUACCCAUUAGAUAAAUUUAAGAAGUUCAUUGAUGAUAUACAUGGAACUGAUCAACAUUAUAUUCCAAUGUUUGAUGCCGGAAUCUAUGUUCCAAAUCCAAAUAAUGCCAGUGACAUUUAUGAAAUAUUUCAUAAUGGUAACGAAUCAGAUUCAUUCUUGAAAAAUCCUGAUGGCUCAUUAUACAUAGGUUCUGUUUGGCCAGGCUUCACUGCCUUUCCAGAUUUCUUGGCUCCAAAAAGUCAAGAAUUCUGGACCAAGACAAUAAAAGACUUUUACGAUAAGGUUCAAUUUGAUGGCCUCUGGUGUGACAUGAAUGAGGCUUCCAGUUUCUGCGUAGGUUCUUGUGGUUCAGAGGGUUACCUUCAGAAUCCUGCGAAACCUAAUUUUGAAUAUGGUGAUGUUUCUGAUACUUAUCCAAAAGGAUUUGAGCAAAGUAAUGCGUCUGAAUAUUCAUCCAUUCAACAAAAAGCUUCUUCGACAUCUUCAGCUGCUUCGUCUUCUACUUCCAUUUCAGAUUCUCAAAAUACUAUCGCUCCCGGUAAAGGUAAUAUUAACUAUCCACCAUAUGCAAUCAACCAUGCGCAAGGUGACCAUGAUUUAGCAACGCAUGCAAUUUCUCCUAACGCAACUCAUUAUGAUGGUACGAUUGAAUAUGAUGUGCAUAACUUAUACGGUUAUAUGGAAGUGAAUGCUACUUAUAAUGCGUUAUUAGAAGCUAUUCCUAAUAAGAGACCAUUCAUCCUUUCUAGGGCCACUUUUGCAGGUUCAGGGAAACAUGCUGCUCAUUGGGGAGGUGAUAACACAGCUGAUUGGGCCUGGAUGUACUUCUCAAUUCCACAAGCUUUGAGUAUGGGAAUGUCUGGUAUUCCAUUUUUUGGUGUUGAUGUUUGUGGUUUCAAUAGUAACACUGAUUCUGAGUUAUGUUCUAGGUGGAUGCAACUAGGGUCAUUCUUUCCUUUCUACAGAAACCACAAUACUUUAGGUGCUAUAUCUCAGGAGCCUUAUGUCUGGUCAAGUGUUACCGACGCGACAAAGAUUACCAUGAAUAUCCGUUACUUAUUAUUGCCAUACUACUAUAGUUUGCUUCAUGAAUCACAUGAAAGUGGCUUACCAGUUUUGCGUGCAUUAUCCUGGGAAUUUCCAAAUCAGCGUAACUUAAGUACUGUUGAUACUCAAUUCUUUGUUGGUGAUGCCUUGUUAGUUACCCCUGUUUUAGAACCAAGUGUUGAGACUGUUAAAGGUGUUUUCCCUGGUAGUGGAAUAACAGAAAUUUACUACGACUGGUACACUCAUGAACAAGUGGAUUUCCAGGCAGGUAAAAAUGAAACAUUAGAAGCCCCAUUAGGACAUAUACCAUUACAUAUUAGAGGUGGUAAUAUCCUACCAACCCAAGAACCAGGAUAUACGAUUGCACAAAGUAGAAAAAAUCCCUUCGGGUUGAUUGUUGCUUUAGAUAAAAAUGGUGGUGCUAGUGGAAAAUUGUAUCUUGACGAUGGUGAGUCUCAAGAAGUUGAAUCUUCUUUAUUCGUUAACUUUGUGGCUUUAAACAAUACUAUAGUAUCUUCGCCAUAUGGUGAUUAUAAGAUAUCCGAACCAUUGUCUAAUAUCACUAUUCUUGGAGUAAACGAAAAGCCCGAUUCGGUCACUUUUGAGGGUAAAGAUGUAACGUACACCUAUGAAAACUCAACAUUAUUUGUUACCGAUUUGAAUAAAGAUAGCAAGGAUGGUGCGUUUGACAAACAGUUCACUCUUAAAUGGUAA